AUGGCCCCAUCCAGUGCCAGUAAAGCCUCCAAGAGAAGCAAAGAUUGCAAUGCCUUCAUCCAAUCGCCGGGGGCCAGAGAGCGUUCAUCUUCUGAUAAAGCCCUGGGGAAAGAGAUGAACACCAUGUGCUCUAGGAGGAUAAGUUUCGUGGCUGUUUACAUCCCACCCCCACUAAAACUCAUGCUGGCUUUCCAGCCCGGGAUCCAAGACUUUUCUAAGGGGUGCAGCGCCUCCUACUGCAGCCCCUCACCCCGAUCCUGGUGCCUGCUUUUGGCCUCUUCCGUCCAAGGCCCAAUUUCUAUGCUGGGAGUGAUUCCGAAGUCCGGUUGCCGGGAGCUUCGUCAGCGCCCCAGGGCGGGAACUGGCGCCGCGGACCAGCGUCAUUCUGCGGGUUUGGGGUUCGGCCAGCGGGUGGGAGCGAGCGAGCACAGCCCCUCUAACACCACAGAACACGUGGCGUCCCUGCCUUCCCAAUCUAGAGUGAAAAGCAGGUCUGAACACGCACUUCCGGCCGUAAGGGACGGCUUACCACAGAGACGGCAGCUAGACGAUCUCCUUAGCUCUGAAACUGGGUCCUCCAUGGCCGCCUUAAAGGGGCCGCAGCCUCGAGAUGUUGGAGAGGAGCGCCCUAGCUUGGAGGGGAAGUCUCUAGAGCAAGGGAAGCAGGAGGCCAGCUAG